AUGCGGGUCGAAACUUGCCACCUCUGCUCCCGCCCCGUCUACCCGUCUAAGGGCAUCACGUUUGUCCGCAACGAUGCCCGCACAUUCCGCUUCUGCCGCUCCAAAUGCCACAAGAACUUCAAGAUGAAGCGGCAACCCCGUAAGCUGAAGUGGACCAAGACCCAUCGUGCUCUUCGUGGCAAGGAGAUGAUCGUCGACUCCUCUCUGGUGCUCUCACAGUUCGCCAAGAAGCGCAACGUCCCCGUCAAAUACGACCGGAAUCUGGUGGCAGCCACGGUCAAGGCCAUGGAACGAGUGGAGGAGAUUCGGCAGAGAAGGGAGCGCGUGUUUACGAAGAGGAGAUUGGCGGGAAAGCUUGCCCGGGAGAAGAAGAGAGCGGAGGAUCGGAGGGUCGUCGCCGAGGGAGAGCAUCUUAUUCGCAAGGAGCUGCAGAUGCUGGAGAAAGGCGUUCCACUGGAAGAACAGAGGGUCAAGAAUGCCGUGGUCGGAAAGGAACAGGUGCGGCACAAGAAGAAGACAAGAGUGCUGGUGGACGGAGGCACCCAGGAGGAGAUGGAUAUCGACUGAGCUGCAUUGUCUACGUUCGGGUGUGCAUCUUCUACUUUUUGCUUUCUAUAUACCAGGGUAUGGUUUUGGUUCUGGUUCUACUGCAUGUUGACGACAGUUAUGUACGGGGCGUUCAAGGGGCAUGGUCUGCCGCUGAUACUAAUGCUGGUCUAAGAUAUAAAAAAGCGCUG